AUGCAAAAAGAAUAUUCAUCAAAUGUUUCUCAUCGACCCAGUACAAUGAACAACUCUAUCAAAGUAUCACAAAAGUCUUAUGAUUCUCUUCAAUCAUCAUCAUCAUCAUCAUUAUCAUUAUCAAAUAAGCCAAAAUUAUCCCAAAAAGAAAUUAAUAAAAUUAUUGAACGUUUAACAAAAUAUGAUAAAACAAUUGGACCGCCUGAAUCAAAUAAUGCAAAAAUCUAUUUAGGUUAUGGAAGAUAUGAAUAUCCACAUAGAAAAUAUACAAAUCAAGUAUUUAAACAUUUAACUAGAACAGAGAUAGAUAAUCUAAUUGAAAGAUUAACUAAUGAGAAAUUACCAAACCAUCCAAGUACUAACUCUUUUACAAAUCCUAUUUCAUAUAUGAAAUGUAACGCCAAUAAAUUACAAGAAAUCAUUGAACAUUUAACAAGUGAUAAUCUAUCUAAACUUCCUAUAGAAUCAACAUUAGCUAGAAAAUAUCUUGGUUUUAAUCGUUAUGAUUAUGGUUGUUCAUUAGAAAGUCAAAUUAGACCAAUAAUGAAGAAAUUAACUAAAGAAGAAAUUCAUCAUGUCAUUGAACGUUUAACACAAUAUGAUAUUAAUAAAUAUCCACCAGAAUCUAAUGGACAUAUGAUUAAGAAAUGA